AUGCAUCGGUCCGGGCGGGGUGGGGCAAGCCGACAGAGCACAGCAUGGCUGCAGGCGCUUUUGCACGAGCUGGGCGAGGGUGCCGCUCGCUCGGGGAUUCCUGGUGAAUUGCAGCACCGCGCUGCAGCCCACUUUCCGGCGGGCAAUACGCUGGCACGACACGUGGCAGAAAGCUUACGAGAGCACCAUGCGCUGCAUCGUGCAGCUCGAGAGGCGGAAAAGGAUGCCUGUCGCCGAGCAACGGGGCUCACCGAGCCCGCGUUUCGCGAGUUGUAUGCCCAGAUGAUGCGCUAUUGGGAGGCGGAGCGCCGCCUUUCAGACCUGGAGAAAGCUGGCAGCAUGUGGACACCGCGCACGCUGCUGGCACACUGUCCGGGCCACUGGUUCCAGCCCGUACACCUACCACCUCAAUCAUUGUCGGCUGCUUUGCGCGAACAGUUGCGAACCGACCUCACGGCAACUUUGGCGAGCAUCGCUGCUUGGGAAUCGGUACCCACGGACACGGAUACGACAUUGGGGCGUGUGGGGGCGCGAGGGCUGGGCGAAGCUGACUGCCGCUUGAUUAUUGACACCGUUCUCAAGCCUUUGCUGGCCGUGGCUGGCUUCAAGAUGCGAACUGAGAUGCGGGCCGAGUCGCGCUUCCUGCCGCUCAGCCGCGUGGAUUAUUGUGUUUUUGACGGAGCGGGUACGCGCCGUGGGGUGGUCGAGGCCAAGCGCAUCGAUUUGACGCAGGGAUUUGUUCAGUGUUGCGUGCAGUUGGCGUGUCUGCAGGCGACUGAACAGCGUCCGCGGUGGCCCUAUUUUGGUGUGAUCACCAACGGACAUCGAUUUGUGUGUUUGGUUGUGGCUGGAGACACGGUGUUUGUGGAUGGUGCCCCUGAUGGCCACUCGGGUCGAGUACAUGCCGCCAGCACCUGGAAUCAACUCUACCAUGUGGCAGGGGUGAUCUUGGCCAUGAUGGCGGGCCAAUGGCCAACUUGCAUCCUUGAGGCAGCUGCCCGAGGUGUGCGCGGGGCAGCCCUGUCCAAGCCCGCGCGAAUGGCACCGCCGUUGGGAGGCAAUAGCAGCGUGCUGAACGAGCUCUCAGGUGCGAAUUUCGGAAAGCACGAGACCGGACAGGCACCAACCCCGCCCCUGCGCACUCGUAGCGCCGGCGCCGCUCUACAGCAGCGUCAGAGUGAACGGACUGGGCCCAGACCGGCAUCAGCAGCGACCACGAACGUGAAUCAGGCGCCAGACGAGACGCUUGCACCAGCAGAUCCAGCCGUGAUAUUUUCAACCAAUCUUUUUGAUGCCGUCCAGUCGCCAUGCCGGUGUCAACGGCGCCGUGCGCCCUGCCCACCCGGACUGUGCCGCUCUCGAAAAGACAACCGAUCGUGCCCCACGCCCAUCACUUCCCCAUCGCGGCAAUCCGAAACGGCGUUAGUCAAACCGAGCACACUAUUGUCCACAUCUACUGCAAUGAAAUCCACCGAGCGCCCAUUGAGCGAGCCCCCCAAAGCUCACCCAGAGCUCCGCCCGAGCAAUGCUGACCAGUUGGUGACAGCAGCAACAGCAAGGCCGAGGCGUGCUGCAACACCCGUGCUCAUGAGCCCUGAGUCCGUGCCAAGUGCACAGUCAUGCAUGAUCCCUUUGCCCAGCGUGGGUCUCGAGGCCGCACCGCCGCUGAAGCGAGCGCGGCCGAUCGGGAAAGGUGCAUCGCUGCGCGCGCCAGCAGCGGUACUGGGAACAUGGGUGACUCCAGAGCGAUCGUCAUUGGCUGCCGAUGCGGCGGCCCAUCGAGCAGCGCGACGCCUGGCAGCACUGACCAACACGAGUGUUCAGGAUGGCAACUGUGUGAGCAUUGUCCGGACUGAAGAGCGAUGUGAGCGGAUUUGGCAGCGGCUGGGUCGUGUUCCUGCGUUUACGCGCCUACUGCUAGUUGCGCCCUGGCCUGCACCAAGCGAACCGGUCUUGACCAAAGCCACGCCGGCAUGGCUGGCCCUGCAUGAGUCGCGGGUUCUGGCCCGUCAGAAUUGUGCGGAGCAGCCUUUUCCCGGCUUUUUAGCCACCGAAUGCUCACCUGCCAUGGUGGCCUGCCUGUCAAGAGCCGUUCUCACUGCACAAACCGCGCCCACCGUGGUGACCGUGCGGGUGAACGCGCUGGAGCUGGGCUCAGCUGGCUCUGCCCUCCGGGCCUGCCUGACGCGGCGUGGGGUAGCUGAGACCUGGCCGCUGCUCGUUGUACGAAACGGUGAGGUCCUCGGUGAGUUGUAG